ACAACUUAGAGACUUUGGAAUUAAACCGUCAUCAGCUGCCAUUCAACAAUCAAUCAAAAUGAAAUUUGUCAUUGUCUUUGCUGCUCUUCUCGCUGUGGUCUUGGCCGCUCCCACCGAUGUAGAAAUCGUGAAGAGCGAAUCUGAUGUUGGUCCCGAAUCCUUUCAAUAUGCUUAUGCUACGAGCGAUGGCACCAAUGGCGAAGCUCAAGGCAAAUUGAAAAAGUUUAAUGCUGAAGAUGAAGCUAUUGUGGUUCGUGGUUCCUAUUCCUAUGUUGGCGAUGAUGGCCAAACUUACAGCAUCCAAUAUACCGCUGAUGAAAAUGGUUUCCAACCUCAGGGAGCUCAUUUGCCUGUUGCUCCUCAAGUCUAA